AUGGCAAGUCCCAAAAACAAUUUAUUUCCACACCGAAAGCUAGCUCUGAUCAUCGGUAAUGGCAACUACCGUAAAGAAUGCAAUAGAUUGAAUCAAUCUACACAGAAUGCAAAUGAUCUGAGUGAUUUACUCAAGAGAAUCGCAUUCGAUGUGACGAUGCAUGUCAAUGUUAACACAGAUAUGAUGAAAUUGGUAAAAAGUUUCUGCGAAAAAAUCAAGAAGGACGACUUCAUCUUAUUUUAUUUUGUUGGGCAUGGAUGUCAAGCCGAUAAUAAAAACUAUCUGAUACCUUUGGACGAUUCUAGAAUAAAAGCAGAAAAUGAUGUAGCAGAUAUUGGUACCGAACUGCAGCGUAUUAUGGAUCGAUUGAUAGAAAACAACUUACCAUACGUGACUAUAUGUAUCUUAGAUUGUUGUGUGCCAUACAAACUAACAUGCCCACCAACUUCAGUUGUAGAAGCUAAACCCUUGCAUGGUAUUCACCUAGAUCCGGAAGUAUCAUUACAAAUUGUAUGCACUACAAACGAAGAUGUUAGUGGCGUUCGAGGAACAGCUAUACCAAAUAUUCCAUACAAUGCCAAAUGGAGAUUGAAUGCUAAGACUGUAGCUGGUGGUGCAGGUCCUGAUUCUACACUCGAUAGACUCCAUUGUCCUAAAGGUCUUUAUGUUGAUAAAAGUAAAAAUCUUUUCAUCGCUGAUAGCUUGAAUCAUCGUAUUAUGAAAUAUUCUCCAGAUGGCACUAUUGUUAGAAGAAUAUUGGGGAAGAAUAUAUCUGGAUAUGGUUCUAAUCGUUUAUGUGGACCUUCAAAUAUUAUUUACAAUCAUGUGUCAAAGAAUUUUAUUAUUUCUGACUUCCAUAAUCAACGGAUAUUGAGAUUGAUUCGAAAAACUAAGACAUGUGCUAAGGAAAUAUUGAGAGGCAGUGGCUAUUGUGGAUUAGCGAUGGAUGAUGAUGGUUUUCUCUACGUUUCUGACACCGAACGGCAUGAAGUCAGACGUUAUGGUUCUGGUAACCCCCAUGGAAAAGUGGUGGCAGGUGGUAAUGGACAAGGUAGUCGUUUGAAUCAACUCAACAAUCCAACAUACAUUUUUGUCGGACCAGACCAAGCAGUGUAUGUAUCUGAUAGUUGGAAUGAUCGCGUUGUGAAAUGGGACAGAGGUGCUACACAAGGUAUUGUUGUGGCUGGCGGUCAAGGCAAAGGCAAAGGUAAAACACAAUUGUAUCAUCCUACAGGAUUGAUCGUUGAUCAAGUGGGAACACUUUAUGUUGCUGAUUAUCGUAAUAAUCGAGUAAUGCGCUGGUACAGAGAUGCUUCUCAUGGAAAUAUCAUUGUGGGCAGUAUAUUCCUUGCAGGAAACAAAGCAAAUGAAUUGAGUGGUCCUGAAGGUUUGGCAUUCGAUCACGAUGGUAAUCUUUACGUAUCUGAUUCUAACAAUCAUCGAAUCCAACGAUUUCGUAUUCAGACUGUUUGA